AUGAUCAAACGUCCAGACGACGAGUUCGUGUCGUCGCUUUUGAACGACGUGCGAGCGCUCGAGCGCCCUGCGGUGUGGAACCCUUCGAUCGAUGCGCUCGAGACGCCCUUCGUGGACGCUGCGGUACAAGGCACGGGCAAUGUAAUUGUCCGCGACUUUCAGAAUGCACAGUACUAUGGUGCAAUUGCCAUUGGGACGCCGCCCCAGUCGUUUGCUGUGAUUUUUGACACGGGUUCGAGCAAUUUGUGGGUACCGGACCGGAAAUUUGGGUCGCACAAUGUGUACGACCACAACAAGUCGUGCACGUACAAGGCGAACGGCACGGCGUUCGAUAUCCGGUAUGGCAGUGGCCCUGUCUCGGGGUACUUGUCUCAAGACACUUUGGAGCUCGGGGGGCUGGCGGUUCCGGACCAAUUUUUUGCUGAAGUGAAUGUGACGCGGGGGUUAGGGCCGGCGUAUUAUUUGGGCAAAUUCGACGGACUAUUUGGUCUCGCGUUUGACGCGAUUAGUGUGGACCACCUCAAAACGCCUUUUCACCAGAUGGUUCAAAUGGGUCUGCUGGACGAGCCUGUGUUUGCAUUUUACUUAGGGGACCAUAAAGAUGGCGAGUUGACGUUUGGCGGCCUGGACAAGGCACAUUACAAGGGCGAACUCACGUACGUUGAUGUGAUUAGCUCGACGUACUGGCUCGUGAAGCUCGAUGCCGUGGAGGCCAAGGGAGAAAAGCUGGUGGAUGUGGACAAAGCGAUUGUGGAUUCGGGCACGUCGCUGAUUGCAGGUCCCAAAGAUCAAGUUGCCAAGUUGGCUGCGCUAGUGGGCGCACACAAGUUUAUCUUGGGCGAGUACCUCAUUAGCUGCACUGCUGCCGCACCGGACAUUUCGUUCGUGCUCAAUGGCAAAGCGUAUACGCUGACCAAAGACGAGUACACGCUGAAGACUGGCCCCAUCUGUCUGUUUGCCUUCAUGGGCAUUGACAUCCCGGCUCCUGCUGGCCCGCUAUGGAUCCUGGGCGACGUUUUCAUGCGCAAGCACUACACUGUGUUUGAUUGGGGAACAGACUCCCGCAAGCCGCGCGUCGGUUUUGCGCUCGCUGCCUAA